AUGUGCAGCACGCAGCGCGCGCGGGUGUCGAGGAUGCACCUGACGGGGGCGUCGAGUGGUGCCGUGUCGCCGGACACAAGCUCCACUCUGCUCCACGAAACCUACACGAAAAUGACUUCCGACAUUCUCGCCGAGAGGACAUUGGGAGACUUCCUUUCGGAGCAUCCAGGCGAAUUAGUGAGAACCGGCAGUCCCCACUUUGUGUGCACUGUGCUGCCUCCUCACUGGCGGUCAAACAAAACACUUCCUGUGGCAUUCAAGGUGGUGGCACUGGGUGACGUCGGAGAUGGCACACUGGUGACGGUCCGAGCUGGUAAUGAUGAGAAUUGCUGUGCGGAGCUGCGGAACAGCUCUGCGGUGAUGAAAAACCAAGUAGCGAAGUUCAACGACCUCAGAUUCGUUGGCCGUAGUGGUCGCGGUAAAUCUUUCACGUUGACAAUAACGAUAUCGACGACGCCGCCACAAGUGACGACUUACAACAAAGCCAUUAAAGUUACCGUCGAUGGACCGCGGGAGCCGAGGUCAAAGACCAUGUUGUCUCUCCUAGGGCAACAGCAGCAGUUCCACUUCGCGUUCGGACAGAGACCGUUCCCCUUCCCGCCGGACCCACUCGGUGGAUUCCGGAUGCCUCCUAUCACUACAUGUCAAAAUAUGAGUCAGUUCGGCCUGAGUUCGAGUAAUUCCCACUGGGGAUACGGAGGUGCAGGCGCAUACCCUGCGUACUUACCAUCGUGUGCAGCUCCCGCCGCUACGCAGUUCAACCCACCUGCCCUCGGGUUUGCUGGAACUGUUCCGGACCAAACUCCUACCCAAGAUUUUACUAAUAAUACAGUUCUGCCGGAUACGACAGGAGUUGAUCUCGACCAGCAGCUAUCAGGGCUUGUCGGCUCGUCGCCGUCGCACCACGGCAGUCUCCUUCCGCGCUACAACAACAACACUGACUAUAGCUUAUCGACAGGACCCCGAUCACUAAGCGACAACAGCUCGCAACCAGAAUCGCCAGUUCAAGAUGACUUACUCACUUCAAACUCGAAUACGAACAUCGGGCACAAUCACUCGAACAGUACGAACUUCCCAUCUCUAAUGGGAUCUCAAAAUUCGUCGUACGGGAGCAGUAAUUGUAACAAUUCCCUAUAUCCCGUUCUGCCCGCCAGUUUGUUGUAUAGUCAGUUGUACACGGCAGCUAACCAAACGCACAAUUUUCACCCGUUGCAUUCAAACUCGAUCCAUUCAACGCAGAAUCACCAUAACGAACUGCAGACGAUGAUGGAUCAAAUAUCGUCAACGACUAACAAUCACAGACAACACGGGAGUCACGGACAAGGGGACUUGUUAUUAGGAGGUGGAAAUUCAUGUGCCGCAGCGGCGGCCAGGGGGGAAGAUGGCAGGGUUAAUAGCCUCGGACAACGAGGUAAUCCGCAACCAGACAGUAACACCGUAUGGCGACCGUAUUAA